GGGAGCGUGCCAUACUCUUGGAUUACACUCAUCCAUCACAGGAGUACAGUUUCUCUUCAGAGCAGCGCAAAGACCCACAGAGCACUGCAGCAUGGGGAGCAGCAUGUCAUGUGUCCCCCAACACAACUUCAGAUUCUCCAGCAAGAGUUUUAUCCGCAGAAACAGCAGUCGCCUGUUUCGUAAGAAGAAUCCCCAAGAGGGACAGGAAAAGUCCAACAGCAUCAUCAAUAUUCUGUGCACCGUCACCCCCAGAAAGGAAAUGUCCCCUAAAGACCUGCAGACGAUAGACAACAUAAAAUGGGACCCCCCGUUCCCUUAUGACCCAGCCAGUGGCUGGAAGAAGAGCAGCAUCAAUGUGAAGAAUUACGGACGGAUGAUUCACAGCUCCAAAGUCCGUUUCCGCUUCCUUCACUGCCAGGAUGUACACGACUGCUACCUGGAUCUCUUCCAGACACACCUUCAUUUUGUGUCCAACAACACAACCGGACUGACAUACCAGGGAACUCUUCCAUUAAAAGAGCUCACCAUCUGCAAUCUGCAACAGAACUGCAACCACAGCCAACCCCAGGAAUUCGCCUUUCAAAUAAACGGUGUCAGCCUAAACCCGAUCAUCGUAUACUGUGCCAACCAAGAAGAGAUGGACCUAUGGUUUGGCCUGCUCAAAGAAAACAUUGAGGCCAAUGGGGGCAGUGCAAUUGCAUCCGAGAACUUCACCCGAGUAAAAUUAAACAAGGAUGAGACCCCUGAGAGCAGAGAGGAGCUGAGGAACUCCAUAAACAGAGAGCCCAUCUACGAGUGGGAGGGCUCUCAGCGGGACAGCCUGGGCACCAUCACCUAUGUCACUAAAGUGCGACUGCAGCACCUGCCCUGUCAGGAGCAGAGUGACAGACUGCUGGUAAUGUACCCGUCAACGCUAAUCAUCCUAUCAGAGGAGAACGAUGGACUCUUCUAUAAGGGGAAGCUUCCACUCAACAUGAUUACAGUGACCACACCCUGCCAGGACGUCAAGCCCAACACCUUUAUGAUCGAAGGGAAGCUGAUCAACCCCAUAGUAGUGUCGUGUCUGGAUAGGGCUGAGUUUUGCGACUGGAUCCAGCAUUUCAAAGCUGCUGAUGUGCCCGUUCUCAGUCCCCCGCCCCCUGUGUAUGACAUCAUCUACACCCCGACGCAGAGAGAGGCCCCACAGUUUGACAGGUGGAGUGGAAACAGCCAUGGACGAUCUGAGUCUCUUAAAGUCAGCCAGUCAUCAAGUGGAUGUGGGUCCCACAACCUUCAGUUACCCAUUCAUGAAGACGACCCUCUCUCCCCAGGAUAUGCCGAACCCCUCUGUUACAGCUCCAGUCGUCCCUCCUCGACAGAGACUGCCCGCCUUGGCAGCAGGACCAACAGCGUGUCUUCUCACACCAGGCCCGAGCGCGACCUACGACCUUUGUCACUGCGCUACUCCUCCCCCCAGCGCAGCUCCUACCUCCAGCCUGCCGAGAGCUCGAUGCACUCUCAGGUCUACAGCACACCCUACUCUGCCCUGCAUCGUGCCAGCCCACCACGGCUGGAGAAAACCCCGCUUGUCAAGUCAAACAGCUGGAGCACCCCUCAGACAUCCCUGAACUACUCCCUGAACGUGCCCCAGCGCCACUCGGACAUGUGCGCCCCCCGGCAGCCCUUGUCGCCUCUGUAUGAUGAGCCCUGCAGCCCAGAGAUCUACUCCCUGGAAGAAGCAAGGCCAGUGCAGCAGAGCUGGCAAGAGCCAAUUCAGCACCACCACCACCAUCAGCAGGCUCCCCAGAUCCUGCCCCCCUUCCAGCUCCGUACCCCUCCCAUGGGCAGGCGCUGCAGGAAAAGCCUGGUCCUGACCAACUCCCAUGGAAAAGCUUUGGGCCUGGAGAUGGAGAUUCCUCAAAGCCAAGAAGAGCAGAGAGCUGAGGCUGUGUCGAGGCUAAAGCUACUGCCCGCGCCGGGCCAAGUGCAAGACCAGAUCCUCCUCUCGUCAAGCUCUGUGAGGAACACCUCUCAGAUGCCAUAUGGUUACUCACCAGAUCACCACUCGUACCUCGAACCCACAGAACCAGAUGACCAGGAAAUGGACUAUGACAACAUUUGGGAGUACGACUGUGAUACUAGAAUGAUUCAGCCAACGUCUGGAAUUUCGACACACUGGACAGGAUUAGACUUUGGGGCCAGAGGCCUUGGUGCCAUGGCAACCCAGCAGAGAUGGUCAUAAAACAAAACAAUAGCCCGGCACUCGUCUGGACGUGUGCAAACAACAGAUCUCUAUCAGCGGGAUAAUAAAAGCCAACUAGCACAGCCUGUGUUGGUCCUGCUGCAUACAGUAUGAACCAGCAAAUCCCACCAACGGCACUGUUAGAUGUUGGGUAGUCACGCAGAGGAACGAUGAGUGCAGGAAUCAAGAGGAACAGGCUUAAAACAAAGCAUGAUGAAAGUGAACAGACUUCAACUGUAUGACAUGUAGCAUUUGGGAGACAAGACAGAGAGAGAGUGUAUAUACUGUGUAGCUUUAAUAUUAUUUUUUAACAUAUUAUAUAAUUGCACUAAAAGUUCAAUAUGUAGUGCAAAAACCAAGUUUUUUUUUUAAUAUUUAAAGUAUUUUUUAACAUGCUGUCCAGUUUACUUAUUGUUAUAUUUAAAGCUAUAAAAAGCAUUCCAUCAGGGCUUGUUAUAGUAAAGGAUGUAUAUUUUUGUAAAUGUUGUACAUUUAUUAUUUUAUUAUGCUACAUUAUCAAGGCAAAUAGAUGUGGCUUUAACUGACUGCCUUUAAGGUGCUAAUAAUACUAUCACUAAGACAGUGCUGUACUGACACCUGUGUGGCUUCCUUUUUUUCAUUUUUGUUUGAGGUGUUUAUUUAUAUUUGGAAAUAAAACUGGAAAAAUUAA